GCUGAGAUGCAACUUCCUGAAGUAGAGGUAUUUGUCAUAACUUCGAGCUCGAUCCCAACACGGACAAACAAAAACAUACAGAAGCAAGAAUAUUUGUGAUCAAUUUGCCUAGGCUCUUGCCAGAAGUGGGCGGGAGGGGGGCGACCGAACAGAAGGCUGUUAGAAAUCAGUGCGCUGACGCCUCCUGCUCUAACGUUAGUGGAGUUAGCUGGAUAACGCUAUCUUUUCAUUAUUAGCCGCCCAGUUUGAAAAUGGCAGACGAGCUCGCGAUCAAGCUCAGCCGUCGGAUCCAGAUUGAAGAAGGAGCCGAGGAUCCUGUUGCUGUGGACGUCCCCGGACACCAGAAUGGGUCUGAAGACAAACCGAGUACGGCCAGCGCGGACGCGGAGCUGGGUGCACUGCUGAUGCGGAGAGAGGGGCUGAACGAGGGGCUGGGUGAGCCCUGCCAGCCCAGCAUGAAGGUCUUCAAUCCCUACACAGAGUUCAAAGAGUUCUCCCGACACCAGAUCAGAGACAUGGAGAAGCUGUUCAAAACGUAUGAUGCUGGGAAAGACAACUACAUUGACCUGAUGGAGCUGAAACUGAUGAUGGAGAAGCUUGAUGCUCCACAGACACACAUCGGCUUGAAGAACAUGAUCAAGGAGGUGGACGAGGACCUGGACAACAAGCUCAGCUUCAGAGAGUUCCUACUCAUCUUCAGGAAGGCAGCAGCAGGAGAGCUGGCAGAGGACAGUGGCCUCAGAGUCCUCGCUCGCCUCUCUGAAAUCGAUGUCUCCGCAGAGGGGGUCAAAGGAGCCAAGACCUUCUUUGAAGCCAAAGUCAAGGCCAUCAAUGACUCCAAUCGUUUUGAGGCAGAGAUCCGCCAGGAGCAGGAGGCCAAAAAGAAGCAGGCCGAGGAGCAGAAACAGAGACGCGCUGCUUUCAAAGACCUGCAGUCAGCCUUCAAGUGACCAUCUGCCCUCUCUUCCCUCUCAGGACCUGUGGCUCUCUGUGCUGCACUAAUGAUGUCAGUUUGUCAGUGUGUGUGUGAAUGCUCCAUGUAUGCAGACAGUGGUCCCACAUGGUGGUCAGUAGUCUACGAUGCAUUAUGUACAUUAUGAAAAAUCAGCACUGUUUUUUUAGUUAAAGGAUAAAGAAUCAAUGAUCAAUCAGUCUAGAAUCAUCUAUUCAUUCAGCUCUGGAGCUCAGUAAGGCCUCAUUUCCACUAAGCAGUCUUGUUCCUUUCAAUUCAGGACAUUCCACAUUAGAAUGGUUACUUUCCUUUCCAUUGUCUCAAGUUGUGGAGGGUACCAAUAAAACACUCAUUCCCGUCCAUAUUGUUUAUACCUCUCUUGCCUGGUAUACACUUCAGUGAUGAUUGGAUUGUCAGGCACUUCAAAAUAAUGGAUUUGAAUUUCAACCGGUUUAUGCGAAUGGCUAGUAUUCUAUUUCCUUACUUGGAGAGGAGAAAAGAAGUUUUGGAUAAUGUUUCUGUGCGCUCUGGCAGCACCACUCCCCUGCUCUGCUUCAAAAGCCUCAGCUUGUUCUUUAUUGUGCUGAAAUGUUGUGCAACCCCAUUCAGUGGCUGAUCAGCAAGGCGCAAACUGUCCUUUGCAUCAUCGCUAAAGAGAAAAUAUAGAAAGAGCUCGAUGGAUCAGUGAUGCAGCCAUUACCAUCAGUCAUGAGAGCACUGUCUGUGGUGUACAGGUACACAGUUUAGGUGCAUGUGGUUCUAAGGGUACUACUGGUAUAUCAAAAGUGUUUGGUAAAAAUGCUGCUUAACACUCUGAAACAGCAGAGCCAUUUGUGCUGAGCUAAAUGAAUAAAUGAGUCUUACAAUAUUUGUCAUCCACCACUGUGUCCCCAACAUCACAGAGCCACUUUUUACCCACAUGUCAACACUGUGCUGUCUAUGUCAGCACUUCAGGGGUGCUGAAGCAGAGGCCUCUAACAAAAAAUGGUUGAAAUGAUUGUCAGUGUGAAAACUUUUCAAAGCAGGAAAAUCCUCCCUCAUAGUGGAAUAAACUGCUCUGCAGUGUUUUAGUGUUACUGCUGUUGGCAUGCAAUAUUGUCUUACCUGUACCUGGGACAGAACACACACACAGCCACUCAGGGUAGGCAGUUUUCAGUCCCCACGCCCAGAACCCUUUUGUGUUGGGAGCGUUAAUCUGUAAAUUAUAGCUAAAAUGACCCAGCGUCCACCUUAUUAUUUUUGUAGACUAGUGAUGAAUGCACUUGUGUCACUGUUAUGGCUACUGUGUAUGUAGCUUGUCUGCGUAAUAUUUGACUUAAAGGGAUACUUUGUCAUUUUCAAUCAGUUUUGUAUCAUUACAAUAUGGGUAUAUGUGUAAAUAAACUGAGAUAAACUUCCCUCCAUCUAACCACAGCCCAGAUCUCCCUGAUCAUCUCAGCUCUGUGAUGUCUUCCAGCAGAUUUUUUUUUCGCUGGCUUCAGUGCCAUUACUUGAAUUACAGAUUGUGCUUCUGCAUUUUCAUAUUGUCUCUAUGUCUCUCUAAUAUUAACCCAGAUUAUGUUACUCUAUUUCCCAUUUCUUGACUAAAAUGUCUUCAAAAACAUAUUUUAGACAGCUGUUGAACUAUUGUUUGUUAUAUUGUGUCAUGUGUAAAAACAGCCAAGCUCGCAUUACAAGCAGGAGCAUUUAUUGGUCCAGUGUGGUGCAGUAGAUUCUGCUAGAUUUAGAUUUUCUAUCUCUUGAGCAAAAGCAAAUGCCACAGUCCUUUUUCUCUGUUUUCUCUGGUCAUAAAACACCAGUUUGAAAAAUCUUUGCAUCUUUCUACUGCACAGACAGCCCAGUUUUAUACAAAGACCAUCCAGUGUUUCCCAUUAAUUAACGAAACUAUAGCGGUCCGCCAUAGUUUAAUUUGACCCGCCAUAGUUUAUAAAAAAAAGAUUUAGGCUGCCGAAAGUAUUGACUUCUCAUGAUAUAAAUAAUAUCUCGAAUGCCGUAGCGUUUUGUGCCGAUGUGCUCAGGCUGUCAGAUCCAGCGCUCGACAGUGGGAGCAUUUCACUCCACUAAAAAUAGGUGUGUGCGAACUGUAAAAAAUAUUUAGGGGCACAUGUGCGCAUAAAAAAAAAAAAUCAGCCAAAGCAGCCUAUAUUUUUGUCAAUAAAAAAAUAUGAUAAUCUAACUGCAAAUGUUGGAGGAACUCCAGCCGCCUUCCCUCUUCCCCGUGUGACACGGUUAUGGGCGGUUUUCCAAGCCACUGUCGGCACAAUGAAUCUAAGUCCCACUGUCGGCAGGGUGGAAAUAAGUCAAAGGGCUUUAGUUUCCCGGCGCAGCGCAGGGUGGCGAACCCCACGCAGAGCUAGUUUCGAGCAGCGCAACCCGAGGUGCGUUCAGUUUGGUAGUUUGGCAGACCGAGGUGCGCAGAGAUGGGUGUGGUGGUGCAGCAGGGGGAGGUGUCAACAGAUCCAGCUUGGCGCAGUGACAGUUUCGUGCCAAAAGGCUUCGGCUAAAAGCUUGCCAGCUGAAACCAGGUCUACUGUCAGCGCAGGCGGAGCGCAGCCGGUGCCGAAGCCGAAGUUUGGCUGACCGGCGGACAGUGCGCACACGUCACCAAAACCUCACAGGCAGGUUUCCAGAAUGUCAGGCACAUUAACAAUGCAAUAAAUACCCCCAAAAAAAACACUAUUCAAUGCAGCUAUCUGCAAUCAGCACAUAAAUGUAUAUCGACUGUCCCGUCACAUCUGAUGUCAGAUCAAAGGGGAUUGGCACCGUUUGGCACGCGUAAUGGAAACCCAACAUGAUUUGAUUAAACAGCUGCAAACUAGUGAGUUCACAUCCCUCUCAGCCAACCACCAACAGCCACAGCAUCAGAUAGGGAGUGUAUAUUCAACAUCUGUCAUCUUAGAAAAGUCAAAAGAAAAGAAACAGAGUGAGACUGCGUGAGAGAAAGAGAGAGCAUGCGCGCGCACGAGAGAAACGCAUCAUUGAUUUACAAUUGUGGUGACCUCCUCCCAGGCCACCUUUGCAUCAUCAGCCCGUGGAGGU